AUGACGAAGAAAGAAAGCUCCAAGGGACGUCGAGGCCCCGACAGGAUUUCCAAUUUGCCUACUGAUAUGAUACGUGAAAUUCUGUCCUGUCUUCCACUGAUAGAUGCCGCAGUAACUUGCGUUUUAUCGAAAGAAUGGCAAAGAAUUUGGUAUGCUCAUCCUGUAAUUCAGUUGGAUGAAGUGGAUUUUGGGGCAGACUAUUGCAAUUACUCUGAUAAACACAGAGCCAAAAGGUUUGCCUUCUUGACUUACUUGCAGAAUUUCUUAGAAUGCCGCAAGAGGCCCUCUGAAUUCAAUAGUGUUGAUGUGGAUAAGUUUCUUCUUCGAAUGACAGUCGAAGCCGAUUCUCCUGCUAAAGAGCUGAUAAACAACUGGAUUUGUUAUGCCUUGGAAAAAAACGUUAAAUCGUUGUUUCUUGGUUUAUAUACGUUUAAACAUCAUCACUACUCGCUGCAUGGUAUUGCAUUUCACUCUAAUUGGUUAGUCAAAUUAUCUCUAUCGGGUUGUGAGAUAAAAUGUUGUUCAUUCGAGCUUCCUUCUUUAAAGUCUCUGUUUCUAUACUCUGUUUGCAUUGAGGAUUAUGAUUUCAAGAAUCUGAUGGCUGGUUGCCCUAAUAUUGAAUGGUUAUGUGUUCUGGUGAAUAAUAAAAAAUUGCAGACUAUUGUAGUUUCAAAUCCCAAUCUGCAAAUUUUCCAAGUAUGUCUUCCUAGUUCGAAUGGUAAAAUACGUAUAGAGUCCCCAAAUCUUCAUUCACUUGAAUUUGUAGCUCUUAACUUGGACUUAUGUAAAGUAGAGAUUACUGCAGCGACAACUGUAAGAGAGUUGACACUGCAAAAAACAUAUCACAAAGGGACAGUGAUACAUAUCAAAAAUGAAUUCCCUCUACUUGAAAAGCUAGUAAUAUACGGUCCAACAGAGUUGCAAGAUCUUCCUAUUGAUCAACCGAAUUUGGAUACGUUGGUGCUGAAAGAUUGCAAAGUAAAAGAGGAGGUACGAAUAAAUGCACCCAAGUUAAGAUUGUUUGAGUUUAUGGGUGGCCUCACAAGAUUUGAGGGCAUAAGGGAUUUGAAAGAAUUGGAGUUUGUUCGGUUAAAUCUAGUUGCUGUAAGUAUUGAUGAGGCCUGGUACGGUUGGUUUGGAGAUCUCUUGAAGUCGUGUGCUCGUUCCCAGCAUUUGAGUGUGAUCUGCAAUAAUGAAGAGGUUAUCAUCAUUCCCAAACAUCUAAGACAUUUAGUGUCAGUAACUGAUAUCGAGCAUCUGGAAUUAGAAAUUAAAACACUUGAUGCUACUUUUAAAGAGGUUACAGAUGAGCUCAUUAGUAUUCUUCCAGAUUUGAAGACUUUGUCAUUGACUUUGGGUUCCACCACAAAGUUCUUCCAGUUUCGUAUAGACGAGGAUGGUAAGCUCUCAGCAGCAGAAGAAGUAGUGCACAAUCCAAAACCUGAUAAGAGAGUAUCCAUUUCUAAAAUUGACAUCCUAAACCUAAAAGUUGAGUCUGAAAAUAUAACGCCGAUGGACAGAAUAUCGAAUUUGCCAAUUGAAAUCAUCCGUGAAAUUCAGAGUCGUCUUCCACGGAUCUAUGCAGUGAAAACUAGUAUUUUGUCGAAAAAAUGGCAAAGAAUCUGGGCUUCUCACCCUAAAAUUUUGUUGGACGAAAUUGAUUUUGGUGCCGACUAUUCACGAUACAGAGCUAAAGAUAAACCCAAAAGAGAGGCCUUCUUAACUUACUUGAUUAAGUCGUUAGAAAUCCGUGAGAGGCACAAAAAUUGUGAAGUUGACGAACUCUUUCUUCGAAUGAUAGUUUAUUCUGAUGCUGAUGAACUGCUCGUAAGCAAGUGGAUUUCUUUUGCCUUGGAAAAUAGCAUUAAAAGGUUAUGUCUCAGUUUACAAACGAUUCGUCGUGAUCAUUACCAUCUGUAUGGUGUUGCAUUUUGUUCUCAUAAAUUAGUUGAUCUAAUACUAUCGGAUUGUAAGAUUAAAAAUUGUUCCUUUAAGCUUCCUGCUCUUAAGUUACUCUUUCUAUUUGUUGUUCGCAUUGAGGAUGAUGAUUUUAAGGAUCUCAUAGCUGGAUGCCCACUGAUUGAACAGUUACGCAUUCAGGACACUAAAAAGUUGCGUACUAUUAAUCUAGUUUCAAAUCCUAACCUGCAAUUCUUUGGAGUGCAUCUUCCUUGUCCUCAUGGUGGUGGUAAAAUACGUAUAGAAUCCCCAAAUCUUCAUUCACUUGAAUUUACUUCAUUCAACAUACGCCUGUGUGAAUUAGAGAUUAUGUCCACCACAACCGUACGAAAGUUGACGUUGCUACAUGCUUAUGACCCAGAAACAUUUGUAGAAAAAUUCCCUCUACUUGACAAACUCGUCCUAGAUACUUGCGGUUGGUCGCAAAAACUUCAUAUUUCUCAACCGAAUUUGGUUAGCUUGGUGCUCAAGGAUAGCACUUUGCGGCGGGAGGUAAGAAUAGAUUCACCCAAGUUAAAAUCAUUGGAGUAUAAGGGUGGCCUCACAGAUUUUACGGGCAUACAAGAUUUACAAGAAUUGGAAUUCGUUCUGUUAUAUCUAGAUCCCCUUAAGCUUCCUGAUAACUGGUACAGUUGGUUUAGAGAUAUUUUGGAGUCGUGUGCUCGUUCCAAAACUUUGAGUUUGAUCUGCGAUAUUCAAGAGGUUGUCCUCAUUCCUGUUAAGGUAACUGAUAUAUUACCAGUAAAUGGUAUCAAGAAUCUGGAGUUAGAAAUUAAAACACGUCAUGGUACUUUUGAAGUGGUUAUAGAUGAGCUCAUCAGUAUGCUUCCAGAUUUGAAGACUUUGUCAUUGACUUUGGGUUACACCACAAAGUUCUUUAAGUUUUCGUAGAGAGGAAUGAUGUGAAGGUGCUCUCAGCAGAAGGAAUUAACAACUCUUUUUGAACUCCAGAAGCUUAGAGAUUGGCAACUGUUAUCGUCGAACAAUUGUUCCAUGACUUGGUCAGUCAUUAUGGUACUGGACCAGUUUUUUUGAAAGAAAAUUUAAUAUGUAGUGAUAGGUGUAAUUUGUUCUCCUGCAGAAGUGCCUCUGUUAACUCUUGAAAACUUUGUUACCAUCAAUAUUACUAUGCUUAUUAAUGGCAGAUGCAGCAUUGAAAGGUCAAAACAUUAGAAAUUAGAGCGUUUUCACUUGUG